CACUUCUUCACAAAUCCUUCGCAACCUUUUUAUUUUAAAAAUAGUGCAAGCCUCAAAUUCAAAUUGGAUUACCACAUAGCCAAAAAAUAAUGGAGGCCAAUAUUUCCUAUGAUACAAAAACCUCUAAUAUUUACCAUGCUCUUCAUACCCCCAUGCUGAAUAGUAGCAAAAAACCAUCAAAGGUUAUUAUUGUGACAUUUGCAUCCAUUGUAUUCCUAAUAUCAAUGGUUGCACUAAUUAUAAAUCAAAGCCAAAAUUCUUUUAAAAAAAUAGAAAUUAUUCAUGUUACUAACAUUUCCUCAAGUAUAAAAUUGCCUAGAGGAGUUGCUCAAGGAGUUUCAGCCAAGUCCAAUCUAUAUAAUUUCCAUAAAGUUUCAUAUAAUUGGACAAAUGCAAUGAUUUCUUGGCAAAGAACAGCUUUCCACUUUCAACCCCAAAAGAAUUGGAUGAAUGAUCCCGACGGUCCAUUAUUUCACAUGGGAUGGUACCAUUUAUUUUACCAAUACAAUCCAUAUUCAUCUAUAUGGGGCAACAUUACAUGGGGUCAUGCUGUAUCAAAGGACAUGAUUCAUUGGCUCUACCUUCCCAUUGCCAUGAAACCCAACAAGUGGUUCGAUAUCAACGGUGUAUGGACCGGGUCCGCUACGCUUCUACCAGACGGGAAAAUCAUAAUGCUUUACACAGGCGAUACUAACGAGUAUGUGCAAGUUCAAAAUCUUGCUUAUCCCGCCAACUUAUCUGAUCCCCUUCUCCUUGAUUGGGUCAAAUAUGCGAAUAACCCAAUCAUAGAACCCCCACCUGGCAUUGGUCCAAAGAAUUUUCGUGACCCAACCACAGCUUGGAUUGGGCCAGACGGAAAAUGGAGGGUCCUAAUUGGGUCAAAGAAAGGACAAACAGGCAUUUCAUUAGUUUAUAAAACCACGAAUUUUACGAAUUUUGAACUCAACGAUCGGUACUUACAUGCGGUCCCGGGUACAGGUAUGUGGGAAUGUGUGGACUUUUAUCCGGUUUCGAUAAACGGGACUAAUGGUUUGGACACAUCAAUAAAUGGUCCACAAGUUAAGCAUGUGUUAAAGGCUAGUUUGGAUGAUACAAAAGUAGAUAGUUAUGCAAUUGGAACUUAUUUUAUUGAAAAUGAUACAUGGGUGCCUGAUAACCCAAAUGAGGAUGUGGGUAUUGGGUUACUUUUGGACUAUGGAAGAUAUUAUGCUUCAAAGACUUUCUGUGAUCAAGUAAAAAAAAGAAGGAUUUUGUGGGGUUGGAUUAAUGAAACUGAUUCAGAAAGUGAUGAUUUGAAAAAAGGUUGGGCAUCUCUUCAGACAAUUCCAAGAACAGUGUUGCUUGACCAAAAGACUGGAACUAAUUUGCUUUUAUGGCCAGUAGAAGAAAUAGAGAGCUUAAGACUAAGCAGUGAUGAAUAUGAAGGAGUAGUGCUUAAACCUGGUUCUGUUGUGCCAUUGAACAUUACUCAAGCAACACAGUUGGACAUAUUUGUGGAAUUUGAGAUUGAAUCAUUAGCAUCUGAAGGGAUUAUUAGUAAUGACAAUAUAGAUUGUGGAAAAGGUGCUAUAGAGAGAAGUGCUUUUGGACCAUUUGGAAUUCUAGCUAUUGCAGAUGACACACUUUCUGAACAAACUCCAAUUUAUUUUAGACUCUCUAAUACUAGUCUUGGUAGUUCAAACACUUUCUUUUGUGUUGAUGAAACAAGAUCAUCAAAGGCUCCUGAAGUUGAAAAGCCAGUUUAUGGUAGCAAAGUUCCAGUCUUCAGGGAUGAAAAAUUAUCAAUGAGGGUAUUGGUUGACCAUUCAAUUAUUGAGAGCUUUGCUCAAGGAGGAAGAACUGUGAUCUCAGGUAGAGUUUAUCCAACACAAGCAAUAUAUGGAGCUGCAAGAUUAUUUCUAUUCAACAAUGCAACUCACACAAACAUCAAAGUUUCUCUCAAGAUUUGGCAUUUGGGCUCUGCUUCUAUAGGUCCCUAUCCAUUUCAUCAAAUUAAAUAAUCCUAUAUAAAUAGUUAACAAUCUUAGUUAAUAUAUAACAAAUCGUUUUUGAAAAUCAAAUUUCGAAUCUUGAUUGAAAUUAUUUUUAAUCAUAUUUUAUUUCCUUCUCGAUUUAAGACUUCAUUUACACGAGAUCUAGAGAAAUAAAACAAAAUAACUAAUCAUAAAUUAGGUUGUAUUAACAUAUUUUUGGAAAAUUAUGGAUAAAUAUGAUUAAUGCGAUCAUAUUUUAAUUUCAAAUGGAGUACAUUGCCGGUUUUAUCAAGUAUUAUCCUAUAUUUUAUAUUGUU